AUGACCUCUGGACUGUAUCCAGGACCUCUGCUGAUGCUGCUCUGUCUCCUCCACGUCUCUGAGGAGACCUGCCCCUCCAUUUGCCUUUGUAUAUCUGACACAGUGAGCUGUAGCUCCAGCGGUCUGGCCAAGCUCCCUCGGUCCCUGCCCUCUUUCUCCGUCACCCUCGACCUCAGCCACAACCAUCUGUCCUGGCUGGGUCCGGGCAGCUUCAAAAAAAUGCCUCGACUGGAGAACCUCCGAAUGGCCCACAAUCAGCUCACUAUCCUGGGCCAUGGGGUGUUUCACAACGCCUCCGGCCUCAGGCACAUUGACCUGUCCUCCAACAAGCUGCAUGUGGUGGAGCAGCACUACUUCGAGGGGCUGUGGAGGCUGGAGGAGCUCCUGCUCUUCAAUAAUAAAAUCACUCAGGUGGAGGCCAGCACACUGAGUGGCCUGAGCAGCUUAAAGAAGGUCUACUUCAGCGUAAACCAGAUCACACACUUCCCGUUCUUCUCCAUCCAAGACCACACUCAUCCCUUCCUGACCAUGCUGGACCUCUCGUCCAACCGAAUGAGCCGUUUGCCCUGGGAGGAUGUGAAAGCUUUGCCCGGGCUGGUGCAGCGCGGGCUUUAUCUCCACAACAACUCUCUGAUCUGUGACUGCUCCAUGUACAGUGUGUUCUGGCACUGGAAUCUGAGGGGUUAUGACUCACUGAGGGACUUUGCGGAUGAGCACACCUGCUCCGUCUACGGGGACCAACGAGCAACUAUCCAGUUCCUGCAACACAACCGCUUCUUCCACAACUGCACCGUGGAGAAGGCCGUCUCGCAGCCCGUGAUCGUGCUCCUCUCCCAUGUGUUGGUUUCAGAUGGGGACAGGGUGCGUCUAGACUGCCAAACAUCCCUAGAUAGAGAUAGUACAAACCUCUCAUUUACAUGGUUGUCCCCCAGCAAGGGGUACGUCACCCAGACCAGCAUAAAUGACACGCUAAUUAGCCUGUUUCCUAAUGGUACCUUGGAGAUCGAAGCAGCCAAGGUCAAUGACUCAGGACUGUACGUGUGCACAGCUGUGGAUAUUAAACAGGGACUGAAUGCAACACGUGAGGUGAAUGUUACGGUGCGGCUGCCUGCGGGAGAGACAUUCAACACUGGCUACACGACACUGCUUGGCUGUGUGGUGACCAUGUUCUUCAUCCUCAUAUACCUCUACCUGACUCCAUGUCGCUGCAGCUGCUGUAAACAGCCCAAACCUCCAGUAAUCCCAAAUGCAACCUAUGACCCCAGCACCCUUACGUCUGUUUUCUCCCACUCCACAGGAGACCACUACAAAAUCCAAACUAAUAAGCAUGUAGCGUUCCUGGAGCCGAUGCUAAGUGAAGAAGGAACAGAAUGGCCACCAGAGAGCUGAUUCUGAACAGGGUAGUUGUUCUUGCCAAUUCAUUUUUAGAGGAGAAGAGAGAGGACUUUGGGACAAUCCUCAGGAAUUAAGUGUUGAGAUGUUAUAAGAACUGAAUGUUAAUGCAGUGAAGAAAAGAAAGCAAUAUCUCCUGUUC